AUGGACAUCGACGAUUUGCCGGAUCUCGUUUUAGAAAUAGUUUUUUCAUAUUUGAAUCAGUACGGCGAUUUGGAAAAUGUCCGAUUGGUUAGUCGUCGAUGGCAUCGCGUAGCAUCCACUGUCAUUAGUAUUUUAAAGAAGUCUUUCCUCCGAUGUAAUCAGCUGAUUUGGGAGCUAUGUGCAGCAAAAAACGAAGGGGAUGGUGCAAUUGCAAAACGCUGUUCACAUUCAGGUUGCUAUCAUGAUGGUACUAAAAAAGUGUAUAUAUUUGGUGGGUGCACCGAUAAUUAUACCGCCUUUAACGACCUUUGGAGUUUUGAUCUGAAGUCUCACCACUGGUGCCGAGAAUUUAUUAAGUGUGCUCCAUUCCCGCGACCCAAGGCUAUGUCCAUUUUUGUGCCUUACAAGGAGUAUUUGAUUCUCCAUGGUGGAUUCGCAAAGUCCUCACCAAACCCAAUUCAUCAAGCAGCAAAUUUUUUUAGUGAAAUACAUAUGUACGAUACCAUGACGAAUGAGUGGAUUGAGGUUGAAACGGAACCUCCACCCCCCGUGAUUGCAAGUCAUUGUGCAUGUGUGGUAGGUGAUUCGCUGAUUAUUUUUGGUGGUUCUCAGAACAGCCGUGCUACAAAUACUGUUUAUGUUUUGGAUAUUACUACUAAAAUUUGGCAUAUACCGUCAUUCGAGAAUCACAAAGAUGAAAGUUGUGGGAAAUCAGACGCAACGUCUAGCGAACGGUUCUUGUUGAAAAAUCCACAGCCGAAUCCACGUUAUGGUAGCUCAUGUGUAGUAAUUGACAAAUCACACCUGCUCGUGAUCGGUGGUUGUGGUGGUCCGAACUGUAUCUAUAAUGAUGCUUGGCUUCUUACUUUCGAUUUAACGCUGCAAACUGCAUGGGAAUGGAAGGAAAUCAAUAUCACCAAUCCAAAAUCAGGUCCAUCUCAACUUUGGUGUCACCCAGCAUGUCCAAUUGGACGGAAUCUCGCGUGUAUAAGUUAUGCAAGGAGGAACGAUAGAUAUGGCACAAUCAGUUUAAAUUCGUGCCCAGCACCACUCCAGGUCACUUCAAGGAAUCGGAUUCAGUUGCCACCAUGUUCAAUGAAUGAUGUCACGCUGCAACCUUCUAAUACAGGGGACAACGUGGAUCACACACUGAAUGAAAAAUUGAAUUUUUCGAGUUGUCAACAAUCUUUCUCUUCACUACAUGCGAAGAAUAACUUGAAGUAUAUUAAUGGUGCAUCUGGUGCAACACUGGGAAAAAAUUGGUAUCAUAAAAGGCGUCAAGGGAAUGCUUGUGUUUAUAUACUUGAUACCGCACGAGUUUUGGAGGAUUGUACAGUAACAUGGCGUCAACAAGAGAUAGAUUUAAAAGCACCAGAUGAUACAAUGUUGUAUUCGCUUUGUGCUGGUCGAGGAGAGUUGAUAAUGUUCGGUGGAAUGCGUAGUGAUGUGCAAGGUGAUAACCCCCAUCCAUUUACUCAUAUAAUUAAUAAUGAUAUUUAUAUACUGAGUCCUGCUCGUUUAGUAUAA